GGACCAGUAGAAAUAGGUCAGGAGGGAUAUCCUUGAGCUAAGCGGUAGUAGCAGUUUGUCGGUGUGUCAGUGAAGAGAAUUGUUUCGCACCACUUUUGUAGUGAUGGUGCGUGCCAGUAGUUUGGCCUAGUGCUAACUAUUUAAGUUAUUAAAUGGUGGUAAAUAUACACCACAACGGCUGUGUUAUGGAACUGGAUAAAAUGGACGAGAACGACUGGAAAUACCACGGAGAAGGGAACAAGAGCCUUGUCGUUUCUCACAGCCAGCUUUCCCACGUUCUUCGUCUUCUGAAGUAUCCUGCAGAAAAUGCUGAGCACUCACCCCAGACAACAGAACAAGCCUUCCGGCACAUCCAGAACAUCGUUGACUUCAAUAAAAAUAUUAUGAAGCCUCUCCUGGGGGAGAAAUACGUCCAUCAUGGAGAGGCUGUCAAACUACCUUUGGACUUUGUGAGGCAACUGUCUUUGAAGGUUCAACAGGAACGUCCAGAAUCACGCUGUGACAAAGUAAUGGACACCUUCAGCGGAUGCGCUGUGUGCCUGCCUAAUCUAACUCAGAUAUCCUCCUGUCACAUCAGUCAACACAGACCUUCCCUCUGUAUAGAAAUAAAGCCAAAGUGUGGAUUCCUUCCAUUUUCACGGCACGUCUCAAAGGAAAUUAAACGCAAGGUGUGCCGCUUCUGUAUGCAUCAACACUUUAAGCUAGCCAAUGGGAAAUGGAAGACAAUGAGCAGAUACUGCCCCCUGGAUCUGUUCUCAGGGAACAAACAAAGAAUGUGCUUUGCAAUUAAACACUUAUUAGAGGAGCCACAAAACAACUUCAAAAUAUUUAAGAACGGAGAGUUGAUAUACGGCUGUAAGGAGGACGUGGACCUGAACGGGCUGGCUCAGCAGCUCAAGCCCUACUUCUACCCCAGCAACGGCCUGAUCCACGGGCACCAGUCCAGCAAGGUGGUCCUGAACGAGCUCAUCCAGGUCAUCUGCGGCGCCCUGCUGAGCAGCUGGGACUCGGGCCGCGCCGGGGAGCCCAGGAAGGGAGAGCCCAGGAAGGGGCCGGCCCCGGAGGGCAGGGCCCACUGCGAGGCCGGCCUCCUGCACCGCGACAUGCUGCGCAACGGUAACCACUACCUACCCAAAGACUGCGUUUUGUCCAAGAUACUGCAAGCUCAGAUGCUGGACAGCCUGGACAUCGAAGGGCUUUAUCCCCUGUACAAACGAGUGGAGCGGCACCUGGAGGAAUUCCCCAAAGAGAGGAGCAGACUGCAGAUAGAUGGGCCAUACAACGAACAUUUCCUGGAGAAAAUAAAGAACUGCCCAUCUGAAGACGAUGGCUCGAUCGAAUACGCAGUUGGAAAAGUGCACCAGUACAGAGUAGCGAUGACAGCCAAAGACUGCUCGGUGAUGAUCACCCUGGCACCUUGUGGGGAAGACGAGCUACCGGAACCUAACCUGGAGAUUCAGCCCUCCAAACGUAGGUUCACCUACUCCGUGUCCAUCCUGGAUUUGGACCCCAAACCUUACGAGAGCAUCGCCCAUCAGUACAAACUCGACUCAAAAAUAGUCAACUACUACUCGCGAAGCCUUCAGUCCAAGCAGGAGGCAGCUGUGUCUAGCCUGUACCUGGAGAGGGACCAUGAAGACUGCACACUGGUGUUCCAUCCUGUAUGAACCACUCCCCCGUUUCCAGCACAUAGGCAAAGAUGGAAUCCACAAAACAUUUUACUGUUAAUUACCCCCCCAUUUUUGUUUGUUUUGUUUGCAAAAGCUGUACGCCAUGAUGUCCGGAGUGAAUGUGGGCGAGACUCGGAUGUUAGCGGUAGGUGUAGGUGGGGCCCAACAUCCUCUCGUUGAGCAUAUCCUUAAUGGGGGCUGGUCUCCCUGGAACACGCGGUGCCUCGGUGUGUCAGAGACAGAAGAGCGGGCGGGGUGGAGCAGGGGCUAAGUCAUUCACGUGUCGCCGGUGCUAGGUACACAUUGCUGUGUGGUAUUUUCCUGUGCCAAAAAGGCCUGUGGGGUUUUUUUUUUUUUUUUAAUUGUUUUAAUGGAAAGAUUCAGCGUUUUGCUACGAGGCAGCUUUGCAGUGUUUGAGAAGCUGUGGGAGAGAAUGGGAAGCACACGGGAGCGCAGACACACUCAAGUCCCCGCUGUCUUUCACUUUGGAGAAAUAAAGGCACAAUGAAGUAGGAGCCUCAACAGUCAUCCACCUGUCCCAUCAUUUAGGUCACUCUUAAAGAAAGUGUUUCCUUCUGUGGAAUUGCAAACAGAAAACCUAUAUUUGAGCAUGGUAAAAAUGUAAGGCGUGCGCAGCUACCCAUGCGUGUGCUCAUGGGUCCAGGAUUAUGUACGAUGCUACAGCAGGUCACCAGACUGAAACCUCUGUUGAACAGGCCCAGUGAAGACAAGGCAGGAAAAGGGCUAGCUAACCUUGAAACUUUAAGCGGGAGUCACUAAGGUAUUGGCAGAUAAUGUGAUCAACCUCAGUCUUGGUCUAGUUCCAUUCAGUGCAUGCAAACAGCAUAGUGGGACAUUAUAACAUUCCCAUCAGUGUUGCAACCAUACAUGACUGCCAUACGGGAAGAGGAAAGUGGACUUAAUUUGCCAACAUUGGUUAGAAAUUGUCUGAACAGACAAUUUUUCCAUGCCAUAAACAGUAUUAAUCCAAAUCUAUGUGUUUCCAAAAUUCAGUUUGUCUGAGCUGAAGGAGGCAGUGGUGGGAUGAUAACCUGACAUGGAGAAACCAAGCUGCUUAAUUUUCAUAACCUGUAAUAUUUCAGGCUUGAACUUCAUAGAAUGGAGAGAAUCUGCCCCCAUUCCACAGCACGUCAGAUUCAGUUUGGCAACUGGAUUUUCAGGGACAUUCAUAGGGGGUUUACCUUUUUAACCUAAAGCUCACGGUUUCCUCUCUCAGUGCUUAGUUGUUACUCUAACAUCACUCAUCAAAGUAUUGUCAAGUAAACGCAACAGCAAGUGGCUUAGUUUCCAUUAUUUUGGUACCAUAUUACAACCUCAUUUCAAAAUUUAUGUUGAUCCUUUAUCUGGAGGCACAGUUCUUGAACUGCCCGGAGAAUAAUUUUCAUCUGCAAAUGGCAUGAGCCAAACACAUAGACCUAAUUUCAUGUCGCAGGAAAAGUAGUGAGAUGAUACAAAAUUAAUAUGAAACAUUUUUUUUAAACGGUAAUGCAGUACCUUGAUUUUAGGUCAACUGGAUCAAAACUAUUUUAUUGCAACGUGCAACACUGUGACAAACACCAAUGAGCAGAUUCAGUGUACAACUCCAUCUGCCAUCCAGUUAGCAAACGGAAUAAUACUGUUCUCUGAAAAUGAGAUGAAUGUCAGUAAUUUUGCACCAAAGAAUGCAUUUUUGGAUUUGCAGUAUAUAUUGAGGGUUUUGAUCAAUUUUUGUUGCAAGCAAACAGGCUUUGGUUCAUUUUUUUUUCUUUACAUCCAAACAAAGAAAUUAACCCACUUGCUCUGAACAAGUUAAAACGACCCUACUGGUGUGUUUAAUAGAAUAAAUGUUCAGACCCUACAGUUCAGAGAAAUACUGUAUUUUUAUGAGGAACUGUGAAGAGAAGAGCUGCCACUUAUCUGUGAAUAACCUCUAUAAAGAACUGAUAUAACACUUGCGUUAAAAAAGAGAAAAAAAAUCACACUGUGAGACAGGAGUAAUACAGACUAAGUGUAUAGGUAUAACAAUCUCAAAAGUGGAUUUUGCCUUUGGGCAUUUUGUAUUUAAAUUAUUUAUUUUUCUAGGCCUUGACUAAUUAUACAUAUUUACAUACAGUAUAUGUAUACAUGGCUAAAUGUGAUGAGAGAACGUGUACAGAUGGCAUUAACAGAUAUUUCGUAAUGGGGAUUGUACAGGAGGUGUUUAUAUUGAAUAAAUGAUGUAGAGACGCG